GGCAGGUUCCCCGCCAGCCUGUCCUAAAGCAGGCCCGCGCGCGCAGCUUGGCUGCUCGCCUCGCCGGUGAUCUUAUCACCUGUGAGCCUGUGCAGACCCCGAGCCUUUCCUAAGAGGCAGUCGCUGGGGUGUCCACUCGCAAUCCGGCCCUUAACAGCCAGUGUCGGCACCACCGAGCACCGCUGGGAGCCCUCAGCAGCAGCACUCGGCCCUCCUGUCUGCCUUGACUAAAAGUUUGCUAGUUUGGAUGCUGGAGACAGACGGCAUUGCCCCCCCGGGGGGUGGGGGGGUCAGUCCCAAUUUUUAGCUUUCCGAAACAGGCGGUGUGUCCAUCCAAAAAUGCCUCCAUGGUAAUCCUUUCUUUCUACGUUGGUGUCUGGCCUGGCCUUCCCUCCCCCCAUGGAGGCUGUGCCUUAGAGCCAGCCCCUCUCAAAGCACCUUGGUCCCGCUGAGCAGUUCGGGCUCCCCCUAAGAGGCUAGGCUUAGAACUGUUGCUGUUUUCUCUGUCCACACUCUGCAGGUGACAGCUACAUUCAGAAGCCACCAAGAAUGCUGGUGGAGCCCCUCCUCCCUCCCAGCUUCUCUUCCAAGCUGCCCCAUGGCCCCUGAUCCAGAAAGCUACUUCAGAAAGGUUGUGGGACUAGCCACGGGAGGCAUGUUGGUGGGAUGUGCGUGAGAGUGUGCAGUUAGGGUUUGCGCCGGCUUGGGGACCUCUCUGCUGCUGUUGCGUGGCAUGAGGGGGAGCCAGGUUGGGGAGGGGAGUGAAAGUGUCCUCCCAGCACCAAACACCUGGGAUUCAUACUCUCUCCCCCUUUCUCCUCCAGAUCUAGCCCUUUCGCACUCUAUCCUCUCUUGCAGUAGACAUUUCAAGGGCACGGUGAGGUUUACUACAAUGUGAGGGACUGCUGGUCGUUACAGACUAGACCGAUGAGGUCCAAUGGGAGAAACUCCUUGAGGUGUCCAGGCCAAGACUUGUGGGCAAUGGCUGUGUGAGUGCUAGGUGGUGUGAGACCACCACAGAGCCAGGAAAUGGCCACAGCCUUGGAGCCAGAGGAUCAGGGGCUUUGGGAAGAAGAGGGAAUUUUCACCGUGAAGCUGGAAGAUGAUUUCACCUGUCGGCCAGAGUCUGUCUUGCAGAGGGACGACCCUGUGCUGGAGACCUCUCACCAGAACUUCCGACGCUUCCGCUACCAGGAAGCGUCAAGCCCUCGAGAAGCGCUCAUCCGACUCCGAGAACUUUGUCACCAGUGGCUGAGGCCAGAGAGGCGGACGAAGGAGCAGAUCCUGGAGCUGCUCGUGCUAGAGCAGUUCCUUACCGUCCUGCCUGGAGAACUGCAGAGCUGGGUGCGGGGCCAGCGGCCUGAGAGUGGCGAGGAGGCGGUGACGCUGGUGGAGGGUUUGCAGAAACAGCCCAGGAGACCAAGGCGGUGGGUGACCGUCCAUGUUCACGGCCAGGAAGUCCUCUCAGAGGAGACUGUACAUCUAGGGCCAGUGCCCGGGGCCCCCAGGGAGCUGCAGGAUCCUAUACAGACCUCAACGUCCGAGCAAUCCCAGGAGGAAACCACACACAGCCUGGAGCAAGAGGCAGCAGAGGAGCAGAGCGCAGGCAGCGAAGAGGAGCUGCGGCCUCCUGAGAUUGAAGUCCCAGUACCCCAGGACCCAGAGCUGCCUGCUGAGGGGACCUCUGGAGAGCCUGAGAUGGUUGCCCUCCUCACUGCUCUGUCGCAGGGCCUGGUGACUUUCAAGGAUGUGGCUGUUUGCUUCUCCCAAGACCAGUGGAGCGAUCUGGAUCCAACACAGAAAGAGUUCUAUGGAGAAUACGUCUUGGAAGAAGACUGUGGAAUAGUAGUCUCUUUGUCGUUUCCAAUCCCCAGACUAGAGGAGAUCCCCCAGGAGAUCGAGGAAGAGCCACAGGUCCCAGAUGUCGCAGAGCCUCCUCACGAGCUAGAAGAGCCAGAAAUCUUGAGUUUCAUUUACACAGGAGAUAGGAGUGAAGAUGAAGAAGAACAAGAAGACCUGAGUUUGGAGGAUAUGCACACAUCUACUUUGGAAGAUCCAGAAAUUCACCAGACUCCAGAUUGGGAGGUGGUCUUUGAAGAUCAUCCAGGAAGACUUAAUGAAAGAUUUAGCACAAAUGUUUCUCAAGUUAAUAAUUUCAUAACUAUUCCAGAAACUGUCCCCAUCCACCCCCUGCUAGGCAGACAUCAUGACUGUCCUGUUUGUGGAAAGAGCUUCACCUGUAAUUCCCACCUGGUGAGGCACCUGAGGACUCAUACAGGAGAGAAACCGUACACCUGCAUGGAGUGUGGGAAAAGUUACACACGAAGCUCACACCUUGCCAGGCACCAGAAGGUUCACAAAAUGAGCACUCCUUAUAAAUAUCCCCAAAACCGAAAAAAUCCAGAUGGAGCACCGCCUGUGAUUCAGGCUGAGAGAGCUCCACCUGUUGAGAAACCAUACAGAUGCAAUGAUUGUGGAAAACAUUUCCGCUGGACUUCAGACCUGGUCAGGCAUCAAAGGACGCAUACAGGAGAAAAACCCUUUUUCUGUAAUAUUUGUGGCAAAAGCUUCAGCCAGAAAUCUGUGCUAACAACACACCAAAGAAUCCACCUUGGGGGCAAGCCCUACUUGUGUGGAGAGUGUGGAGAGGACUUCAGCGACCACAGGCGCUAUCUGGCACACCGGAAGACACAUGCCGCCGAGGAGCUAUACCUGUGCAGCGAGUGUGGGCGCUGCUUCAACCACAGUGCAGCAUUUGCCAAACACCUGCGAGGCCAUGCCGCAGUGAGGCCUUGCCGGUGCAAUGAGUGUGGGAAAAGCUUCAGCCGGAGGGACCAUCUUGUCCGGCAUCAGCGAACACACACCGGGGAGAAGCCAUUCACAUGCCCUACCUGUGGGAAAAGCUUCAGCCGAGGAUAUCACUUAAUCAGGCAUCAGAGGACCCACUCAGAAAAGACCUCCUAGCAUAGUCUCAGAGAGGAGCUCUGCAUUCAGCAAUUACCCAAGGAUGGGAUAAGAGAAGCCCUCUGGUCAGCCAAGAAGGCCUUUGCGUGGGAGUCACCCCUGGUGGCCCAGUCCUUAUGUUGCCUCUUCCCAGCACUCCAUGCAAGUCGUGGUCAGAAGCUCUCACCCUGCUUCUUUGCCUUGAGGAGUUGAGGUUUCUUCUUGACUGAAGUGUACCUACUGCUACCGCAUGGGUUGAAGUAGGAGAACUAGAAUACUUCAGAGGUUGCAGUUACUCUUUUCCAAAAACUAUCCUGAUAAACAUGCUAAAGACUGCUUGACAGCCUCAAGUUUAAAGUGGCCAAGGACAAUCCGUUAGGAUUUGGUAAGGGAUCAGUCCAGUCUGAAGGAUUCUGUCCUUACUGGGCUCAAACCUGAAAGCACACAGGCCUGAACUCAAGACAGGAGAUUUGCAUCCUGAUAACCUUUGCCUCUUGAGGGUAAUUGUAUAAAUCUAUCCCUGUCUGAUUCACUCCUUCACCAUGCACUUUCCUUUGACGCUGAGGGGAAAUGGGAGAAGUGAUCAGUGGGCAAAAACUCCAAAGCUGCUUAACAGGGACCUUGUUCAGCUGCUGCCUUCCCCACUGUCAAAAUGAAACAGGUGCCAGACACUGCUAAAGAGGAGGGCCUAGAUAGAUGCCUCUUCCCUUGUGGGAUUUUUUUUUUCUAAGUCUUAGUACUCAUGCCGUUAACCUUCCUACUGUUCAGCCAGUCUCUUGGUUUUGUUUCUCGCCCUUCUGCAAGACAGAUGUAGUGUUUGAAUGCUGAGGGAUUCCGUAAAGCGUAAUGAAAUCAUAGUGAAAUCAUUUACAUUCCCACAUGUAUACAAGCCUGCCCACCUCUUUUCACCACCUACUUAUGGGUUGCAUGAGAGUGGGUGACAGUAUCAGAUUUUGAAGGCACUAUAUUCUAGGAUCAUUGAGGAGAUGACAUCACUGACACAAAGAAAACUGAAACCAAACUAUAGCAAAACAAGCAAAAAGUGGUUGCUGCUGGCCAAAAUCAUCAAGACUCUUCUGGCACCCAGUUCUCUCCAUUCCUGCUUCAGUUCUCCAGUGCCAGGAAAAUCCAUGAGCCCCAGCACCUAGGACCCUGAGGAAUUUACCAGUAGUAAAUGGCUUUCAUGUAGUUUUGUCAUUUGCUUUUCCUUAUGUGAUUUCAUUUUCAUGUAACCAAGAACUGAAUUAUAGUAUCACGAUGGCCCAAGGAUCGCUGUUGCCGGAAAAAAAAAAAAAAAAAAAAAAAAAACUUCACAGAGAUGAGGC